CCUGGCUGUCGCUGACCCUAGCCCCGGCUCCAGGCAUCCUGGCCAUGGCCCGCGCGAUGCUCUUACUCAGCCUCGGCAUUCUGGCCAGCCUUCUGCAGGCGCUGGACGCCUGCCCCCAGAACUGCCACUGCCACGGAGACCUGCAGCAUGUCAUCUGUGACAAAGUGGGAUUGCAGAAGAUCCCCAAGGUGUCAGAGAAGACCAAGCUGCUCAACCUACAGCGCAACAACUUCCCGGUGUUGGCUGCUAACUCGUUUCGGGCCAUGCCGAACCUCGUGUCGCUGCACCUGCAGCACUGUCAGAUCCGCGAGGUAGCCGCAGGCGCCUUCCGCGGCCUCAAGCAGCUCAUCUACCUGUACCUGUCCCACAACGACAUCCGCGUGCUGCGUGCGGGCGCCUUCGACGACCUGACUGAGCUCACCUACCUCUACCUGGACCACAACAAGGUGACCGAGCUGCCCCGCGGGCUGCUGUCCCCUCUAGUCAACCUCUUUAUUUUGCAGCUCAACAAUAAUAAGAUCCGUGAGCUGCGCACAGGCGCCUUCCAGGGCGCCAAGGACCUGCGCUGGCUCUACCUGUCAGAAAAUGCGCUCAGUUCUCUGCAGCCAGGAGCUCUGGACGAUGUAGAGAACCUCGCCAAGUUCCAUCUGGACAAGAACCAGCUAUCCAGCUACCCCUCCGCCGCCCUGAGCAAGCUUCGGGUGGUGGAGGAGCUGAAGCUGUCCCACAAUCCCCUGAAGAGCAUCCCAGAAAACGCCUUCCAGUCUUUCGGCAGGUACCUGGAGACCCUCUGGCUGGACAACACCAAUUUGGAGAAGUUCUCAGAUGGUGCCUUCCUCGGUGUGACCACGCUGAAACAUGUCCAUUUGGAGAAUAAUCGACUGAACCAGCUGCCCUCCAACUUCCCUUUUGACAACCUGGAGACCCUCACCCUCACCAACAACCCUUGGAAAUGUACCUGCCAGCUUCGGGGUCUUCGGCGAUGGCUGGAAGCCAAGGCUUCUCGUCCAGAUGCCACCUGUGCCUCACCCGCCAAGUUCAAGGGCCAGCACAUCCGUGACACAGACGCCUUCCGCAGCUGCAAGUUCCCCACCAAGAGGUCCAAGAAAGCAGGCCGCCAUUAAACAGGUCCUGACUCAGCCAGUCCUGGUGACUGGCCUCUGCCUUCUGCCGGAGAGACUACUGACCUUCCCACCACCACCCGCUCCUCCCCUCAGCCUCUGCUGAUGCACAGAGCUGCCCACAGCGACACACGUCCUGGCAGAGGGCCCUGGGCACUGUACCACCAACCCAGCUCCACCUGACAGAGUGCAAGGGAGGACCCAAAGCCCCUCUCAACCAUCACGGCUGGCCCUGUUGUGGCUCCUCUCAGAGAAGCUGGUGUCAACACCCCCGAGUCCAGCAGAAUCAGAGCAGGGUGAUCAUCAGGAUGGUCACCCUCCCAGAACCAUCCUUCUUCUGUUCCCUCUCUCCCUGCCAUUUGGAAACAAAUAUCAGACCCUUAGCCCACCCCCUGCUUCCAGAAACGGUCUCAAGCCCUUCCCCCAACUCUGCCAGCCCCACCUGCCAGGACGCUCUCACAGGACACCAGUGCUUGGCUGCACAUCCUCCCCUGCUGCGUUUCUGCCCCAGAUUUCUAUAAGUAUAAAUUUAUGGAUAUAUAGUAUUUA